AUGUGUAACAACAAUCAUGGUAUUACAAAAAACGAUAAAAGACUGUUAAUAUAUGAUGAUGAACAAUAUGGAGGAGCAAGUCUUGUUGCUAGAGACAGUAAUGAACACGAUGAAAAUAGUUGUUCUAGUAGUAGACAUUUAUUAAGACGUAACGGAGACAGAGGACAACCGUCUAACACUGGAGACAGUGGCGGCGGACCACCGCCUAAAGGACCGCCACCUUCAUGCGGAAAACAAGAACAGCCUAUAACAGUAUCAGCUGUUGCAAAGGUAUUAAUCUGA